AUGGCACCCAAACAAUGCCACCUCCUCGCUGGCAAACGCAUAAUCGUAGCAGGCGGCGGCAUUGCCGGAACAGCCUUUGCCUCGGCGCUCAUCCAGCAGUGGGAUCCUUCCCAGCAAUGUCCCGAGAUCACAGUCUUCGAGCGCGCCCACAGCCGUGAAACGUACCUCGCAGAAGAUCCGUACACGCUCAAUUUGAACGGUGACAACCGAGAUGAAGGUCUUGUCGCACUGAAACAGCUCGGCUUGCUCGAAGCCAUCCGCGCAAACGCCACUCUCAACAGCGGCGCCAUCCAUGUUUGGAGCGACAAAUGGAAGGAACUCGCCUCCAUACACCCAAAAGCACAUCCUGACUUGCCAUCCGCCACGAUGCGCAUCACCCGACAAAAUCUGAAACGGAUAUUGAUCGAAACCGUCGAGAAGACCAAUGUCAACUGGAGAUGGGCGUCGACUGUCACAGGCGCGGAGCGGCUGUCGAGUGGCAAGAUCCGGGUUACCAUAUCUGACGCGGGAGGAGAUAAUACUUCGACCCAAGACUGUGAUCUUCUCAUUGCCGCCGACGGUGUGGACAGCAGGAUCCGAGCUAGAUUACGGCCCCACGAUAUGAAGCUGGAGUACACUGGCGCAACGCAGAUUGGCGGGAUCUCACAUCUGCCUGAUGGCUUACCGGAUCCAAUCCGCGAGGACUAUGGCCUGCAGAUGUCCUCUGGCGAAGGCGUGUGCUGCAUCUACACGCCGUUCGACGAUAACACCAUUGGCUGGGCGUUGAGCACAGUCGGUCCCGAAAGGAAACCCAACACCAAGUUCACAGCAGAAGAGUUCGUUGCACUGAAAAACGAGGCUCUCAAGACCGCAAGCAUGUUCCAGGAACCCUUCAGACGUGUUGUUGAAGCCACAGAUCCAGCGACCGCGUUCGUUCGACCAGCUAUGGAAAAGCAGGCUUUCCAGCAUGACGCACGCCUGAGAGGAGUCGUGUUCACCGGUGAUGCGAAUCAUGUGCUCAGUCCAUAUGAAUUCGUGGGAGCGAAUCUUGCCCUUAUGGACGGCGGGGAUUUGGCGGAGCAAAUCUGCAAGAAUGCUUCGAUCGAGGCGGCGGUGAGGGCGUACGACAAGCUCAGCAUUGCACGGUUCGAGAAGCCCUUUAACUUCUCGCACGAGCGUAUCAGAUUCGGCCACAGCACUGGUAUGCUGUGGAAGAUGUAUAAGUAUGGCAUGGCAGCCCAGAGAGCAAUGGCGAAGCACUGA